AUGGCUUGUGCUAAUGACACCAGAAGCAAAGAUGCGACGGGGAAACUCCUUGCUCGCGAUGCACGCUCCGGAGAAGGAUGCAAACGUAUCGCGCGGACCGAGUGCGCCGCGACGGCCACGUGCAUCGCGCUCCCGGGGCGGCUGUUUGCCAUGCAAGGGAAGAAAAAAUGUGACGAAUGCCGUCCUCGCUGCAGUGAUUGCCGCCGUUUGAAUCUCGGUUGUCAUUGGUUAGUGGGUGCCACCACUGUCGAAGGAGACAGACCCGAAACCAGUGAUGCGUGCUCUCCUUCCUGUCUUCCGACGCUUUCUGCUGAGAUUGUUCCGAACAAUGAUCCCGAACCCGAAGGGGAUUUGUCUACGCCGAGGCCCAUAACACCCUUCGACGCUGAGGACUUCAUUGCCACGCUCUUUCCUCACCCCUUGCCCAGGACGAGUGCUGUCACACCACCUCUCAGCCAAUUAUCUAUCUCCAUAAACCCCUAUUUACGCACAGACGAAGAACGAUCGCUCUUCAAUCACUACAUCCACGUCGUUUCAAGGGCGCUUUGCCGCUCGGGUGAUAAAGAGAAUAACCCUUUUCUGGUCACACUUUUACCAUUGGCAGCAGUUUCGGAUACCGUAACUAGUGUGAUAUUGAGUUUGAGUGGUUGCCAUUGGAAGAGAGUUUACCCAACCAUUUGGGGGACUGCAUUGACUCGACAGGGACAAGGUAGGCUAUUUACCCGGGAAAUGCCUUGUACGAUAGGCUUUCACCUCCCACUAUCAGAACUCACUUGUUGGCGUUUUGAGGUGACAGCUGACAAUUUCAUAGCAUUGGCCCAAGUAAACGAUCUGCUCGGUUGCUCGGAUAAGCAAUCUAUAUUUGCAUCAUGCGCCACGGUGCUCUUGUUAUGCCUCACCGAAUUGUUCGACGGCACAUCCCGGGUUUGGAAGUGGCAUCUGAAAGCCGCCAGCGCAAUUUUGAAGUCAGCAGCAUUCCAAUCGCUUAUCUCGACGGAUGAGUGGAAAUUCUGCAUCAGUCUGUUUCAUUAUCUAGAUUCCAUGUCGACCAUUUCUCGCUGCAAAGCACCGCUAUUGCAAAGCGAUGACAGCGUGAUAGAAUUGUGCAGAUCGGUUCGUCAGAGCAGUGUGCCAGAGCUAUGCCACAGCGAUUCAGCAGAUGCUAUUUACGGCAUAUCCCCUGCCCUUUUUGACUUGUUGGGCAUGGUGAAUUUGCUAGCCAAUCAACGCAUCAGGCGUGUCGAUGAGUUAUCCGAGAUUGGCUUCCGAGCAGCAGCAAUGCAUAUUGAAGAUAGGAUCGACGAAUGGCGCACCGGACACGAUCGUGGAGUUUCAGGUGCUUCAUCUCGUGAAAACAAAUCAGAUACGGACCGUGCUGCGACUGCUUUUGAAUGGGCGAUUCGACUUCGGCUCCAUCAGAUUGUCGAAGGUUAUGACGCCCUUCAUGGGUUUGUGGAACGCGCAGUCACCAUGAUCCUCGACUCUGUUCAGGCGAUUCCAUAUGCUAGCAGGAUCGAGGGGUGUCUUCUUUUCCCUCUUGUUAUCGCUGGGUCAAGCAGUAUCAGCGUUGAACGACGGAUGAUGGUUAAAGAACGGCUUAUGGUGAUGGAAAGCACUCUUGCAUUUAGCCAUAUCCAUCACGCACGCCAAUUAUUGGAGACAUUGUGGAAGGGAGGUAACAGUGCUUCGGAUUUGAACUGGGCUGCCGUCAGAUAUAGCCAGUUUCCAGGCGUAGUGUUUAUUUAA